UAAUUGACUAUCAAUGUUCCCCUUCUCUUAACGUAGACAGAAACUAGUGAGACUUCAACAUGUCGACCAUUAAAAUUUGCUUGGCGGUUGCUGUGGUCAUCGCGUUGGCCAACGCAGUUCAAAUUUCUAAAGACUCACGCAAGAAAGUACAAAAACUGAGCAAAGCUCUAACAGUUUCAGAUGGCCACAAGAAAUCACCACUAGCCGGUCUUAGUAAGAAAAGUAAUUACUACAGGAGACAAGCUCAAGGGUCAUGUCACACUGAAGAGUUCCAGUGCCACGAUGGGGCGUGCAUCCCAGGGAUCUGGCAAUGUGACUCUGCCCAUGACUGCAUUGACCACUCGGAUGAAUUCAAUUGUGUGGCCGACUGUUCCGGUGAACACCAGUUUCAUUGUCACAACGGCAACUGUGUGCCUAGCUCGUUUUACUGUGACGGCGACAACGAUUGUGGAGAUUUGUCUGAUGAGCAGGAUUGUCAUCUGGUUCCUUGCACAGACACUGAAGUAAGAUGUGAUAACCAUAUCUGUAUUGAAGCCUCGUCCGUCUGUGAUGGGUUUGAUAACUGUAGGAGUGGUUGGGAUGAGUUCAACUGCACGUGCACCAAUGAACAGUUUCAAUGUGACGACCUCUCCAAAUGUGUCUAUCACUUUUCAAGGUGUGACGGAUCCAAAGACUGCAAAGACGGAAGUGACGAAAUAAAUUGUGUGUGUGACCCUGACGAUCAGUUUCAGUGCACCAGUGGCAGAUGUAUCCCCAUCACUUGGCACUGUGACCGUGACAACGACUGCGGUGACAUGUCAGAUGAACUCGGAUGUCCUACCCUUCACCCUGAUGUCUGCGCCAACGUCCUUUCUGUCAUGUCCUGCGCCCUGAUGAACGAGACUGCACGCCCCAUGUGCAGUAACUACCAUGACGCCCACAAGUACUGCAGACAGUUCUGUAACGUAUGCAACGACCCCGUCAUUUUAGGUUAAAAUUUUUGUGAAUAUCACAAACACAGUCUGAGGAAAGAAAAAUCAAUAAACAAGAUGUUUAGUUUA